CAGUGUGGAGGACGUUGCAAUAUCAGAGCUGUCCGCCGGCUGGAGCGCGCUGCUCGGUUCCAGUUGACAGCACAGGACGUGGACGUGGACUUGGCGCGGGAAAGAGGGUCAGCGGAGAUGGGGGACGAGGAGAAGAGGAAGAAGGACAAAAAGUCGUCCAAGGACGACAGAGUGACUUUGAAAAAGGAAAUUGGACUUUUGAGUGCGUGCGCAAUCAUCAUCGGGAACAUCAUCGGCUCGGGCAUCUUCGUGUCCCCUAAAGGAGUCCUGGAGCAUGCUGGCUCGGUGGGGCUGUCGCUUAUCGUGUGGGUCUGCGGGGGUGGGAUCUGCGUCCUGGGGUCCAUGUGCUACGCCGAGCUGGGCGUCACCAUACCCAAGUCCGGAGGAGACUACUCGUAUGUGACGGAGAUCUUCGGGGGCCUUGUGGGCUUCCUGUUGCUAUGGAGCGCCGUGCUCAUCAUGUAUCCCACCACCCUGGCCGUCAUCGCCCUCACCUUCGCCAACUACGUCCUGCAGCCCGUCUUCCAGAACUGCCUGCCUCCCUACGUGGCCACCAGACUCCUGGCCACCAUCUGCGUGCUGUUCCUGACGUGGGUGAACUGCUCCAGUGUGCGUUGGGCCACGAGGAUCCAGGAUGUAUUCACCAUCGGAAAGCUGCUGGCUCUGGGUCUCAUCAUCGUGGUUGGACUGGUCCAAAUCGGCCGAGGCUACUAUGAUGCCCUGGUGCCCAGCGCGGCCUUUGAGUUCCAUCAGGAGCCGUCUGUGGGCCAGAUCGCCUUGGCCUUCCUGCAGGCUUCCUUCGCUUACAGCGGCUGGAAUUUCCUCAACUACGUCACAGAGGAAGUCGUGGAGCCGCGCAAGAACCUGCCCCGUGCCAUUUACAUCUCCAUUCCCUUGGUGACCCUGGUGUACACCAUGACCAACAUCGCCUACUUCUCCUCCAUGACCCCGGAUGAGCUGCUGGCGUCCAACGCAGUGGCGGUGACUUUUGGGGAAAAGCUACUGGGAAUGUUCUCCUGGGUGAUGCCAAUCUCUGUCGCGCUGUCCACCUUUGGAGGAAUCAAUGGGUAUCUGUUUACGUCCUCCAGAUUGUGUUUCUCGGGCGCCAGAGAGGGUCACCUGCCUUACCUGCUGGCUAUGAUUCACCUGAAGAGCUGCACCCCCAUCCCCGCCCUGCUGGUCUGCUGCUUUGCCACCAUCGUCAUCUUGUGCAUCGGGGAGACGCACAACUUGAUCAAUUAUGUCUCCUUCAUUAACUAUCUGUCCUACGGGGUCACCAUCGCCGGCCUCCUCUACCUCCGCAAGAAGAAACCCAACUUGAUGCGUCCCAUCAAGGUGAACCUGCUGAUCCCAAUCAGCUACAUGGUGUUCUGGGUCGUGUUGCUCUGCUUCAGUCUGUACUCGGAACCGGUGGUUUGCGGCCUGGGGAUGGUCAUCAUGCUGACCGGCGUCCCCGUCUACUUUGUGGGCGUUUGGUGGAAAAACAAACCCAAAUGGAUUCACAGGCUAACAGAGAAAAUCACCUUCGUGGGCCAGAAGGCGUGCUACGUCAUGUUCCCUCAGGAGGACCCGGCAGAGGUUGAGCCCCUCACUUCCUCCAAAGCUACAGACUGAGCGGGACAGUCGAAGAGGAACAAGCAGCAACCUUCAAUUGCCCCCCCCUCUAAGGACUUCCACACACAUGGACAUGCAUACCUGUGGGAGAAGAAGCAUCCUUCCGAGCAGCCACUCCCGACCUCCAUCCAUUUGAUCCAAGUCCAAGGCCUGACCUCCGGUCCCCGAGCCAAGUCCUAACAGGAUCAGCAUCCACUGCCUGCGCACAACAGGGCUUCCGGUUUCCAGCUAUGCACUCCGUAGAACUUGGCGUUUUUACAGAUGAACUGUUUAUCUAUGCAUUUGGGCCACUGGCCCACGAAAACUGCUUUGUGGAAAACCCAAGCCAGGGUGGAGUCUUCGAGUUCGUCUUCACAUUCAGUCCACACGUAUGCACACGCCCACGCAACCCAACUUUGCUCUUAUUGUGCCUUUUCUUUACAUGACUUCAGGUUUCUUCUUGGGGUAAAAUGGCCUUACAGUUGGGGGGGGGGCUUGGUACCACCGGCUGUUUCUGCAAAUGCAUUUAUGUGGACUGACAUUUUUUAAAACAUCUAAUCAGUUGUGGACUGAGGUUUUUUUCUGCCCCUCAGGUUGACUUCCAGCAGCUAUUAUAAUGCUAAUGUGCCUUAAUAUGAAAUGGCACGUUUGUUUAGUGUAAUAUUUUCUAUGUAGGAACGGUUCUCAAUCAUUUUAUGCUUAAUGACUGCCAGGGUCAGAUCUUGGCUCGGCUAAUGUGUCCACGAUAAACCUUUUACCAUUCAGCUGUCAUUCAGCUUCUUCUCUAAUGGUGCUCAACAUUGUACAUGACUUACAUGCUAGAUCUCACAUCGGAAGAAAAAUUAACCCAAAGACUUUCUGUAAUCGCACAAUGGACUCAUACAUGACACCUAACAAUAUUUUUUGCAACACACUGUCAAUAAAGGAGUCCUCAAAUGUUUUUUCAUAAUUACAGCCUCCAUUAAACGCUGAACUGC